GAACGUGAGCCAACGGCUUUGAUCAGUGAAUUACAAGAGCUCUAGUAUACAAUGAACCGUAUGUGAUUUAAGCUUUCGAGUCCUUUCUCCUAUAUUCUUCGUGCCUCCCAAGACCGAUCAUCGUCUUUGCGUUACAUUAUCUCGCUGAAUUUCUCAGUUGUUGGUUGGUUGAUUGAUUGUUGUUGUGGUUGAAGAGGAUGUGGGCUGCUUCAUGUCUUGCAUCGUGUUGUGCGGCAUGCGCCUGUGAUGCGUGCCGAACGGUGGUUUCGGGGAUUAGUCGGAGAUCUGCAAGGAUCGCUUAUUGUGGACUUUUUGCUCUUUCUCUUGUUGUUUCGUGGAUCCUUCGUGAGGUUGCCGCCCCUCUGAUGGAGAAGCUCCCUUGGAUCAACCAUUUCCAUAAAACACCCGACAGGGAAUGGUUUGAAACGGAUGCAGUGCUGCGGGUUAGCUUGGGAAACUUUCUGUUCUUUACUAUCCUAUCUGUCUCAAUGGUUGGUGUGAAAAACCAGAGGGAUCCUCGUGAUGCUGUGCACCAUGGUGGAUGGAUGAUGAAAAUUAUCUGCUGGUUCAUUUUAGUGAUUUUGAUGUUUUUUGUUCCAAACGAGAUUAUCAGCUUCUAUGAGUCAGCAUCAAAGUUUGGUGCAGGACUGUUUCUUUUGGUUCAAGUCGUGCUUUUACUCGACUUUGUUCAUGGAUGGAAUGACAAAUGGGUUGGAUAUGAUGAGCAAUUCUGGUAUGUUGCGCUACUAGUUGUUUCUCUUGUUUGUUAUUUGGCAACAUUUGGCUUCUCGGGGCUUCUCUUCCACUGGUUCACUCCAUCCGGACAAGAUUGUGGACUCAAUACCUUCUUUAUCGUUAUGACCUUGACUCUUGUUCUUUUGUUUGCCAUAGUUGCACUGCAUCCUGCGGUUGGCGGUAGCAUUUUGCCAGCUUCAGUUAUAUCACUGUACUGCAUGUACCUAUGCUAUAGUGGACUUGCAAGUGAACCGAGAGAUUACGAAUGCAAUGGACUUCACAAGCAUUCAAAAGCAAUUUCAACUGGUACCUUGACCUUAGGUCUGCUUACCACUGUCCUGUCAGUUGUCUACUCUGCUGUUCGUGCUGGGUCUUCAACAACUUUACUCUCCCCACCAAGCUCGCCUCGUGCAGGUGCAGGAAAGCCUUUGCUUCCAAUGGACAAGGCAGAUGAACACGAAGAAAAAGAGAAGAACAAGCCGGUCUCCUAUUCAUAUGCCUUCUUCCACAUAAUCUUUUCUCUUGCAAGUAUGUACUCAGCAAUGCUUUUAACCGGAUGGUCAACCUCGGUCGGAGAAAGCGGCAAGUUAGUCGACGUAGGAUGGCCAUCGGUGUGGGUUCGGAUUAUAACUGGGUGGGCAACAGCAGGUCUCUAUGUAUGGUCUCUAGUUGCUCCUAUUCUUUUCCCAGAGAGGGAAUUUUAGGUCUCCAAAGUAAGUUAUUGGCCAUUGUUGCAAUAAAUUUAGUUUAUAUGUGUGUGUGUGAUUUGACUGACCAAGAUGGAUUAAAAAAAAUAUUAUGUGCGUCUCAAAAGAGAAGUUGAAUAUAUGUGUGUGAUUAGUGAUGGAUUUGUUCUCACUCCUUGUUGUUAAUAUUUUCAUUAUGUAAUUAUCACAAUAUUGAAGAAAAUGUUUACCUCCACCCAAGAUAGAUAGUAUUGCACCUGUGGACGUAAUGUCUUUUGUAUCAGUUUAUUUCAAUGUAUUGUUCCAAAUUUAUCAGUA